GACGAGCUGCUAUCAGUACGUAGGAUUCAGUGCUCCUUCGUAUAUCGUCACAAUUCAAGACCUCCACGCGGCGCCUCUCACGUUCACGCGUAGGGUUGGAGUCGAAACACAGCCCUCCGGCUAUCUCUCGCACGAACGGCGACUCUCAUCGUUGAGACUGAAUAGCAGAAGACGUCAACGCCUAUGCACUGCGAGCGCCCCGGACAUCCGUAAUCCUGAAACGGACACGCUCGAUACUGCAUCUGUGCAGCUGCCCUGUUGCUCGUGGGCACCAAGAUGAACUUAAACCAGUGACAGUUGGCAUCGAUGGUUGUGCUUCUUUAGAGACAACCAUGAAGCCCCAGUUGCCCCCGACGUGGUACCGCGCACGCUUCCUCAUCGGUGCUGCAAAGUCGCUGUCGCCGCCGUUCAUCCUGACUUACCUCGUGCUCAACUACUUCAUUCAUCGUCCAAUGUCUGGGGGUGUUACAACUCUCGCUUACGCGUUGUCCAUCCCGUUGUGGAUAUUCUUGACUUCUCAUUAUUCGAUCUGGAUAGACGAUAGACGUGCCAGACACCUCGGGGCAUUGCCGAUACCAAGGGCUAAGGGAAAAUUGCCCGGGAAUAUUGACAUCAUGAUGCGGUUCGCCAAAGACUUGCGAGAAGGCUAUAUUUCGCAGGCAAUGGGUGAAAUACUCGACGAGUACGGUGUCGAUACACUCAACACUCGUAUCUUUUGGCAUGACAACAUCAUCACGCGGGAUGACCUACAUAUGCGUACUGUGCAUCAGACACAAUUUGAGUCCUUCAAGCGUGGGUUUGAGACCCUCGAGAAGAUGGGCUCGUUUUUGGGCCGAGGUGUCUUCGUAAUGGACCGUGCUGAAUGGAGAACAGAACGCGCCCUCAUCCGGCCAUUCCUCAACAAGGAACGCAUCUCUGACUUCGAUAUCUUUCAGGAACACGCAGACCGUGUACUUUCCAUCCUCUCCUCCUCUGCAUGCGCCCACGAGCCCAUCGACAUUCAGGACCUCUUCGGCCGCUUCACACUCGACGCCGCGUCUUCCUUUCUCCUGGGCGCGUCCCCCGGAGCACUAGACGGCCCGCGUCCUGUCCCAUACAAGGCUAAUAUUGGCUCAAAGGGCGCAGUGACAGAAGGCCAGCUCGGCACGUUUCUAUACUCAUUUGAGGAAAUCCAGAUGGUCAUCGCGCUUCGGUGGAGGCUGCAAACAUUCUUCCCGCUUUACGAAAUCAUGGGCGACCGUACAUCGCCGCAUGUAGAUGUCAUCACAAGAUGGAUCAAACCUAUUGUUGAGGAGGCCUUGGAGCGGAAGAGACAGGAGAGUGCACAGGGUAUCCAGCGUCAGAGAGCCGAACGGACGAUGUUGGAGAAUCUAGUUGAGAAUACCCAUGACGGGGGGCGAGUCCGGUUUGGCUUGCUCAAUGUUCUGAUGGCAGGUCGUGACACGACGGCCGGUCUCCUGACAUUUGCACUGUACCUACUUACUAUGUACCCAGCGGUCACAGAACGUCUACGCGAUGAAAUCUUCGAGCUGUGUGGAGCGAAGGGCAACCCGUCGUACGAUCUCAUUCGAAAAAUGCCCUACAUGAAGGCUGUUUUGAAUGAGACACUCCGCCUGUUCCCGGUUGCGCCAUUUGGGAUCCGCAAUGCCAUUCACGAGGUUCUCCUGCCGAGUGCGGAUGGCAAGCCGCCGCUAUACCUCCCUGGAAAGGCUCGCGUCACUUGGGCAAUGCUGAACCUCCACCGGCGCAGCGACCUCUGGGGAGAGGACGUGGACGAGUUCGAUCCCGAUCGGUGGAUCGACCCCAAGCGGCUUGCGCGUGUUGAAGACCGGCCGUCCAUGUAUGUUCCGUUUCUCUCCGGUCCGCGCUCGUGCCCUGGUCAGAAUUUCGCGUUGAACGAAGCGUCGUUCAUGCUGGUUCGCCUCCUCCAGCGCUUCUCGGGCUUUGAGCUAGUCCCCGAGGCGAUCCCAGGGGGCGCCUGUCCACCACCACAGUGGCAAGAGGGUAAGGGUCGCCAGCGGGUUGAGCAGGUCUGGCCGAGCACUGCAUUCACCGCGUUCGUGAAGGGAGGGCUUUGGGUGCGCCCUCUGCCGUGAAUGUCAAGUGGGCCUUUGCUGCAUUAGUGAACGUCAUACCGUUUCGACCAGUCCGAACAGCGAUAACCCAGUGAUCGUUCGAGUCAUUCUCAUUCGGAGUGCUAUCCAAGACUUCUGUUGAUCUCCAUGCUAAGGGGAGAGAUGAUUGAUGAUUCACGGCAGAUGUUACAGUGUAAUCGCGAGGUGGGAGGAGACGGAGCUGGCGUCGAUAUUCUCGAUCGCUUCUCGCUGCGCUCGCCAGAUCUGCUGCACGCCUUCCCGGACUCGCACCUUCCAACGUGCCCCUGCUCAUUGGGAUGUUGUGUAUCUGGAGCCAUUGGCCUUUAGAGGAAACCGCGUGAGCUGAGCAAGCUAUGUGUUACAUUUUGU